CCGCGAAGUUUAAGAGCUCUCACGGGCAGCUGAGGCUCUAGUUCCAGGGCAAGUCCCCUCGUGUAGGGUCUUCUUACACGCCUUUCGCGCUCCCACACAGCCCCAGAGGCCCCUGCUACCCUUCCGCUCCCAUCCCGAUUAGGGUCAAGCCAUGCCCAGCCCGGGGCAGCUAGGCCGCCCGCUGCCGACUGGCCUGGGCGCUCAGGUCCAGCCCCUGCGUGACAGCGGCUCUCCGGUUCCCGCGUCAGCCGCGCUCUCUGGCUGCACGGCGGGCCCAGGCACGCCCCAGUCCACCGGUCGCCUCGAGUCCUCUUUCUCUGUAGAAGCCAUCCUGGCUAAGCCCGACGCCCGCGCGCCGGUGACCUCCCCUCCGCCAGUCUCUUCCUGUGCGGCCCUGGGCCUCUGGACCGUUCCCUCUCAGUCUCCUGCCCCAGUUCUGCCCUGGGCGUGCCCAGCAACUUGGCUGCCCGCCUACCUGAGAGUGGGUGUCUACCCGCUGUGCCCACAGCCGGCUGUGCCUGGGCUGAGCAAGGCUCACUUCUGCGGCUUCCAGGGCCUCGGCGUCACAGGCUUGGAGCUGGCUCACUGCCCAGGCCUCUGGGGCUCCCCGCACUGGACCCCUAGCGAGGACCUUCCGGAUACUGAGAGACAUCAAAAGAGGGUUCGAACUAUGUUUAACUUGGAGCAGCUGGAAGAGUUGGAGAAAGUGUUUGCAAAACAGCACAAUCUGGUGGGGAAGAAGAGAGCCCAGCUGGCAGCCCGACUCCACCUUACGGAGAAUCAGGUGAGGAUCUGGUUCCAGAACCGCAGGGUCAAGUAUCAGAAGCAGCAAAAGCUGAACCUGCCAGCCAUGUCUGCUAUGGCCACCUCCCUGGACGAGCCCUCCAGCAGUUCUGACAGCAGCAUCCAGAGUGAAGAUGUGGAGUCAGGAGUGGACAGCUGAGGACAGACACCCUACCUGUGCUGUUUGGUUUAGUUCUAGGGGAAAUCAAUGGACCUUCCUGCCCACAUCUCAAUGAAGAGCAUCCUCAGGGCCAGGGAGCAACAGAGGAAUUUGAACUGUCAUGCAGGAGUCCCCUUUUCUAUAUCAACCCCUGAGAGCCAUAAUAAUGUAGUGGUCAGAGGCACACACUUUGGCCAUAAGCUAUAAACUUGGCCAAUUACUAAACUCCUGAGCCUUUAUUCUUGAUCUGUAUAAGUGAUUAUAAAGGGGCGAAGUGAUGUCUAUAAAGCACUUACAAUGUGCCAGGACCAGUGGAAAUAAUGUGUGGUAAUUGUUAAGGCUUAUAAGCUCCCCCAGUGGGGGUAGGGAGUAGAGUGGCAGGGGAGUGGGAGAGUGAUAUCUGCAGCAGCCCAGGCUGCCCAGGGAUUAAUCAGUUUUUUUCUGGCCUGACUUUAGAAAGGGGACCUCACUUAAUCAGUUCUGGAUUUCUCCACCAGAGAUGGUAGAAUUAAGAGCAAGGAGGAUCAAAAGGUAGACUACUUGGCUUAUUUCUCAGUUUCCCAAAGUUUUCCUGUUUUGUCUGAACUAUUACCAUCUCUCAGCUGCCUCUCUUGGAGCAACAUGCUACCCUCACUGCCAGCUCCCUGCUUCAUCCAUCCCCCCCACCAUCUUUAUGUAGAAUACAGAAAUUUGA